GUGACCAGUAACAAUCUAGAAUCUGUGGCUGACAGAGCACGAACAAAAAUCGAACGUGUUAAAAGACAUCUGGAUUCUGUUCCCGGAUCACAAGACCAUCUGUACUACUGCAAGCCAUGCUGAACAGCUGAUACUUCUCACAAACAAGUGCUGAUGUUUGCACUGGCUACUUAGCUGCAGUAUGUCAGAGGACCGAGGAAAAGAGUCUCCGUCUGAGAUGAGUCUUCCAGAGGAACAUGGCAAAACUUCAGAUUCAGAGUCUGUGAAGAGUGGCAAUUCAAAAGGUGAUGUACCAGACUCCAGUGUGGAAACACCAUCAUCACCUGCCAAAAGUGAAAUAUCAGGCUCAGGUGUUUUCAGCUGUGUGUCUAUAAAAAGUGUCCAGUCAAAAGGUGAUGGACCAAACUUAAGUGAGAAAAAAAUAUCAUCUGCCAAAAGUGAAAGAUCAGACUCUGAUGUUUUCAGCUGUGUGUCUGUGAAGAGUGACCAGUCAAAAGGUGAUGGACCAAACUUAAGUGAGAAAAAAACAUCUUCAACCAAAAGUGAAAGAUCAGACUCUGAUGUUUUCAGCUGUGUGUCUGUGAAGAGUGACCAGUCAAAAGGUGAUGGACCAAACUUAAGUGAGAACAAAACAUCAUCUACCAAAAGUGAAAGAUCAGACUCUGAUGUUUUCAGCUGUGUGUCUAUGAAGAGUGACCAGUCAAAAGGUGAUGGACCAAACUUAAGUGAGAACAAAACAUCAUCUACCAAAAGGGAAAGAUCAGGCUCAGAUGUGUUCAGCUCUGUGUCUGUGAAGAGUGACCAGUCGAAAGGUGACGGACCAAACUUAAGUGAAAAAACACCAUCAUCUACCAAAAG